UGACUAUCAACCAAUCGUUAUCGAAGGCAGCCGAUUAAUAACUUUAUUCCACGUGCGGCCCGUAACUUUUAUUUUACUCGUUUGAUCAUUUGUGUUUAAUUAAUAAUAAGCAUAAAUAAAAAUGCCGCCGGUGAAGAAACCCAAACCCAAUAGGGUUAGCAAACCAGCUGCAGUCGCCGAAACGCCUGAUGAAAAGAAAAAUGUGGUCUCUGGGCAGCUAAAAAAGCGAAUGCCAAAGAAUAAGCCAGAAGCAAAGGAACGUCCACAGCGGGGUGUGGUAUUCAUUAAGCACUUGCCCCAUGGAUUCUUUGAGCACCAGUUGCGCCAAUACUUCAAGCAAUUUGGCCAUGUUACACGCGUCCGUUUGGGACGCUCGGAACGCACCGGCGGAAGCAAAGGAUUCGCUUUUGUCGAGUUUGAGUAUCCGGAAGUUGCCAAAGUGGCGGCUGAUACCAUGGACAAUUAUCUCAUGUUCCAGAAAGUGGUCAAGGCAUCCUAUAUUCCACCUGAAAAGCAGAGAUACCACUACUUCAAGAACACAGUGAAGAAAGUCAAAAAUAAGGCUGGCAAAGAGAUUUACGUAUCGGGGCUAACUAAAGCUAUACAACGUAGUGUAAAGAACCAAAACAAUUGGAACGAUUCUACCUGCCAGAAACGCACUGUGUCCGGCAUUAAAAAGAUGAAGAAGCUGCAGCAGAAAUACGAUCAUUUGGGAAUUGAUUUCUCCAGCUUGCUUGUGGAGCCGGUCAAGAAGUCCAAGGAGGCGGCAACCAGUGCUGGCAAAGCUAAAAAGGCCGGUGAAAAAUCGAAGAAACAAGAAAAACAGCUUGAACUGGAAGAUUUGCUGGGCAACACUAUCAAUGAGGAUUCUGAUGAUGAGGACUACGUGGAUGAAAAUGAUGAUGAUAUCGAAGAGCCAGCCAGCGAAGAUAGUACUGAUGACGAUAUUAGCGAAGAGGAGGAGGAGGAAAGGGAACUAACGCCACAGCCUGUAGCCAAAAAGUCGCAAAAGAAAAAGAACUCGGCUGAAGAUCGCAUGACCGAUCUAUUGAAACGCAAACCAGGCACCGGUGGAGUACAGAAAAAGAAGCCCGCUGCAAGUGCCAAAGUCAAUAAAAAGGCGGCCACACAAUCGCUGCAGCUGGCCGCAGCUAAGAAGAUAGCCAAGCCAUUGCAGAAGCAGAAGUUGGGCAAGAAGCUGAAGAAGAAGUAAUUAUAUUAUGUAUAUUACAAUCAUAGUUAAGUAAAUCAAAAAUUAAACAUUUGUAUAAAAAGUU